GUGGCCCUGGUCAGCCUCUUCUUCCUCCAUCAUCGAACUCCACAGCAGACAUACGAAGAUCGUUGAUUUCCGCAUCCAUCCAUCCACAAUGAACGACGAGAUUGCGAAAUUGCGACUGGCUCUUGAAGAGGAACGGCGUCGACGCGAAGAGGAGCAACGCCGACGCGAAGAGGAGCAACGCCGGCGCGAAAAGGCCGAGAGUCUUUUAUCAGAGGAGCAACGCCGACGCGAAGAGGCAGAAGAAGCCGCGAAAGCAUCACAGCCGCUGCAAUUGCCGGAUUAUAUUGAGGCUUGUCACAAACUUAGCCUUAAUAUAAAGGUGGUUACCGAUCCUGCCUUGACCACCCAAGGCGACACUACCGAUCCUGUCGGCCGAGUUUAUCCUCGACGGAUCCUUCGAUGGGAUGACUUUCCAGCAAAACAAGAGGAGAUCUGGGACAAACUAUUUGACUCUUCCUUCGCUUCCCGUCGGGUAUUUCCAUCCCAACAUCAGCUGGACUAUGUACAGUCCGUGAUCCAACCUAUCAGUUGCGAAUACGGACUUCGGCACUACGAGCGUGGAACCGUUGAGAAUGCAGUACAAAAGUUGGUUGAGGCGGUAUACGAGGACCCGCUGCUUCGCGAUCGGCUGGGUUUACGUGGGACCGUGAUAUUUGAGAGUCACACGAAUCUCGCCACCAUCGAAAACAGUGUCUCUGAACGUUCGGAAAGUACUCCCCGCUCUGGGGAGUCAGCACGGACGUCGUCCGCACCGGCCCGCAAACGCGCCCGUCUUUCGAAGGGUAAGCGCGGCCAGGCAGACCAGUUCUGCAUAUACAGAACAUCGGAUGGCGCACAUAUCCCUGCGUUAGCAAUCGAAUACAAGGCACCGCACAAGCUGAGCACGGAAGAGUUAGUUACAGGCCUGGUGUCCGAAAUUCAACCGGAGCGGGACGUGAUCAACAAGGACGGCAGUGAUUUCGUAUUCGCAGCAAAAACGCUCACUGCUGCCGUCAUCACCCAACUCUUCUCCUACAUGGUCAGGAAGGGCAUUCGGUACGGCUAUGUCUGUACAGGGCAGGCCUUUGUCUUUUUGAAUAUACCGGAUGACCCGACUGUGGUCUACCAUUAUUUGUGCGUGCCGAAUCAAGAUGUUCUUGACGACGACGAGAACAGGCUUCACCGUACGGCUGUCGCACAAGUCUUCGCCUUUAUCAUCCAGGCACUCCAUACGGCGCCACCUUCCCUGUCAUGGUAUGACGCCGCCAAAAAGCUUGAUACUUGGGCCAUGGAGUACGACGAUAUCCUGAGCAAAAUCCCCCUAACAGUCCGCAAAGAGAAAGUCCGCGCUUCCCCAUACAAACCCCAGCGCUGGCGCGGCUUCACACGUUCGCCGAUUCGGACCCGCUCGUAUUGCAGGCAGAGCAACACCGAGAUGAUUUCUCGCAACGAUGAUGAUGAAGAAGGUGCCCCUCCUUCUCCGAGCGCACACCGGCAGACUCGCUCCCAGAAGAAGGCUGCUACAUCUGGCACAGGUUCUGGCACGAACCGGGCCCGGGAUGACAAGAAAGAGGCCGGCCAGCAUGACAAGACAGAGGCUGGCCAGCAUGACAGGAAAGAGGCCAGCCAGGGCGGGGAGACACGACAAAGAAUACAAGAUGCGCAAUACUGCACACAUCAAUGCCUCCGUGGGGUUAUAUCUGGAGAAUUCAAAGACCACGCCUGUCCUAACGCCGCUAAACACGGGCCAAAACACAUCAGCAAAGACGACUUCCUGCGUCUCCUUCGCGAUCAGUUGGCUAAAGACCGCGGUCCGGAACCUGACUGCAUUCCGCUAAGCCUAUCUGGAGCUGUCGGGUUGCUCUUCAAGAUUCGGCUGUCAGCUUACGGCUAUACGCUUGUUGCUAAAGGCGUAGAGACGGAAAACCUCUGGCGCCUACGACAUGAGAAGACCAUCUACGACCGGGUUAGCCAUAUACAGGGAGAGCACGUUCCUGUAUGCGUUGGCCUGAUAGAUCUGGUUCUGCCGUACUAUUUUGAUGGCUAUGAGUUUGAGCACUUCCUACUUCUUAGCUGGGCCGGUCAGCCGCUAUCCAAAUACGUCGACAAGAUCACCAAGUCAUCGGCCAUACAUUUGACAACGAAGGCAUAUACCGAACUUCAUCGGCUACAUGUCCUCCAUUGUGACGCGGAGCCUCGUAACUUAUUAUAUGAUGCAUCUAACGACAGAGUCAUGGUGGUGGAUUUUGAGCGGGCAACGUUACACCAACCUCUCGGCUCAAUCAGCCCGAAUACCCAACGUCGAAAGAGGAAGCGCGGAUCGAUAGCCCAGAAACAAGGAAAUGGCGAGUUCGAGAAGGAACUGGAGAAGGAACUGCAAUAUGUCGUCAAGAACGUUUCGAUUCGUUUCGGUGAUAAUCAACCGAGUGGCCGAAGACCGCCGGCGAGCUAGCUCGAUCCGACAUGUUCUGAAGCAACAGUCUAAAGGUCCCUCCUAGCCAAACUACCUCUUCAUGUAUUUUAGCAGUCGGAGAAUGAUUAGUGUGUAAUCCCUCGUUGUGAUGCAUCCUCUUGCACGAACCAAGUCGUUCCUGAGCUACUCCUUUUUGCUGUGUUGAGCGAAGUGGAUUGUGUCAGGCGGUACCGGACCACCAUUUGCAUCUAAUAUUG